ACACGAAGAAGUAAAUCCAGGAAGUGGUGUUCAGCAGCUGGAAGAUCAUUUUCCCAGUCUGGUCACUGCAGGAAAAUACAUAUAUUUAUAUAUUUGAAUCCUGAAUCAUUCAUUCCUCAGUGUCAUUUCAACUCUCAAAGCUCUUCGGGGGAAUGACAUGGAGGGCCCCCUGCUGCCCCUGUCCUCACUGAGGCUCCUGGUUCCACCUCUGAGGGUGAUGACGGCGGUGAUGUGGAAGGUGCUUCGUCUGAGGAGCGUCACUCAUUAUGGGAUAGUGGAGGAGUUUGUGUCCUUGGUAACUGAAGCCGUCCCUGAUAUCUUGACAGACCGACAGAUGAGGCUGCUCACUCUGGGCUUAAGAGCAAAGAUGACAUUACAGAUGUUAAGUUCUGAACAGUCACAGGAUCGCAGAGGUGUUGAAACACUCUUGAGCAGCCUUCUGCCAUCUCGCUCGAAACAGGUUGAUCCAGGAAAUGAAGCUCUUGAAGCCAACUUCGCCGAGCUCGUUCAAAGACUCCUGGAGGACCCGAAAGAGAGAGAGCACUUCCUCAAGAAUGUGUUUCCUGUGGAGUUUGGGCAUGACUUUGAUGCGGCUUUGGAGACACUGGUUUGUGAGUUUUUCACCAGACUGGAAAAGUUGCUGCUCAUACCAGACUUUAAGCAGGUAAAACCUUCCAGAUAUUUGCAGUUUACAAAGCAUUUCCAGAGAUUGAUCGUUUGUCAGUCCAUCAAAAUUAUACCUUUUAUUUGUUUAAUAAAGACCGCAGUGUGGAUGAGUGAUACACCCUCUCUGCUAGAAGAGUACAUGCAGUGUGUAUCCAAAGAAGAUGACCUUAAAGUACUGCUCAGAAGCAAGGCCCACUGUGGUAAAAUGGCCGAGAUGGAUACCGGUGUGCCCUCUCCCUCGGAGCAGCGGCUCUUCUCAUCCUUCGCUCUUCCUCCGCGAGAGACCACCUCCAAAGAUGUGGAAUCUAACGCACAAACAUUUCAGAGCCGAAGAGAACCUCAUGGGAUUCCUCCCCGGGACGCAGGAGAUAUGGGGAUACAGGAUGCAAGAUGGCCAUCUGAGGAGGAGACAAACAGUAAUGCAGAACAAACAAGGAGAGGGAAAUGCAGUGACGGCAUUCCCGAUGUUCACGCUGUGGAACAGUUUGACGGUGGGGUGUCGGACAUCUGCCGAGCUCCCUCUACGUCCACUGAAAGUCUUGUAUUGUCCAGCUCCGCGAUGGGCCCUCCACGGCAGAGAGUUGCACACAAAUGCGCACAGUGUGGAAAGUGCUUCAUUUACCGCUACGAACUGCUGGAGCAUCAGAGGCUGCACACCGGAGAAAACCCUUACAAAUGCUCUCAGUGCGGAAAGGCCUUCAGGAGGACUUCUGACCUGUCCUCACACAGGCGGACACAGUGCACAAAAGCUGCUUAUAUUUGCAUCAAAUGUGGGAGUAGCUUUCAAUCGGUGCAGGGCAAAUGUAGACACCAGUGUGUUCGUAGUGUCCUGAAGUUUGACUGUUCUCAGUGCGGAAAAAGCUUUAAGACAAUGCACGUGCUGGGUAAGCAUGAGCUGACCCACAGCCAGAGUCGCAUCUUCACGUGCAGACAAUGUGGGAAAGUGUGCCCCAGUAUGAGCGAGCUGAGAUCCCACCAGAGGAUCCAUCCUCCCGAGCGGUCCAAUCGGUGCACGCAGUGCGGGAAGUAUUUCCGCUCCGCCGCCUGCUUGGCAGCCCAUGAGCUGCGCCACCGGCAACAGAGAACACAGAUGUGCGUGCGUUGUGGCAAAGCUUUCAAGAACAAACACGACCUGAGCCUCCACAUGCGCAGUCACACAGGCGAGAGGCCGUUUCAGUGCACAUACUGCGGGAAGCGUUUCUCCGUGUUGGGAAAUCUGAACAUCCACGUCAGGAUCCACACGGGCGAGAAACCCUACCUGUGCUCCGACUGCGGCAAGGCUUUCGUGUCAGCCGGCGAGCUGCAGAUACACAGACGCACUCACACGGGGGAAAAGCCGUACAAGUGCACCGUGUGUGGGAGGGGAUUCACCAUGGCGAGCAAAGUGACACUUCACAUGCGCGUUCACACCGGAGAGCGGCCUUACAUCUGUUGCGAAUGCGGGAAAGGUUUUUCACGCGGCAGCGAAUUGAAGAAGCACACCAUGAAUCACACAGGGGUGCGACCCCACGCUUGUCAGCUGUGUGCAAAGACGUACACGUGCCUCAAUCACCUGAAGAGACACUUGAAAACUCACAGUGUUGUGCAACACCAGACCGUCUAACUCCAUCGAUUACCAUAUAACGUUUUAUGUAAUUAAUGUUGUAUUCAUGCAACCAGUCUGUGCUGAUAGCACUCAGUAGCAGUGUUAUUGCUCUGUGUGUUAUUGCUCUGUGGAAUAGUUUCCAUAGCACUCGCCCUCUUUUGUAAAGACUAUGUUGCAAAAGUUCUUGUUUGUCAAAGACUGAUUCCUGAUCCUGCGUUGUCAGAUCUGUUCUAGUUGUACCCGCUACACUAACAUUUAAAUAUAUUACUUUUUGUUCUCUGACACCCUAUACAAAUAAAGUGCAA